CCAUCAAACCUAUCACUCUUUCCACCAUAAACGUUUCAAUAGCAAACAAAGGAAGGAAAACCAAAAUCAUGCUUUGCAAGGUCCCAUUAGCCCUUUUUUUUCUCCUAGGUACAGCCCUAAUCUUUCCCUCUUACGAGCAAGACACAGCACAAGAUUAUCUGGAUGCUCACAACCAGGCUCGGGCAGAUGUUGGUGUUGGACCCUUGAUUUGGGAUGACAAGGUCGCAGCCUACGCACAGAACUAUGCAAACCAACGUAUUAGCGACUGUGUUCUUCUGCGCUCUGGCGGGCCUUACGGCGAGAACAUGGCAUGGGGCAGUGGUAACCUUUCAGGCACAGAUGCUGUAAAGAUGUGGGUUGAUGAAAAGGCCUAUUAUAAUUAUAGUAUUAAUUCUUGUGGUCCAGACCAGCAGUGUGGGCACUAUACUCAGGUGGUUUGGCAUGACUCGGUUCGCUUAGGGUGUGCUAAGGUGACCUGCGAAAGUGGAGGAACCUUCAUUGUGUGCAACUAUGACCCUCCUGGAAACAUCAUUGGGUGCCGCUAUAUAGGAAACUGCUCAAAUUAUAACUUCAAUGCCGCUCAACAAUCCAAUAUUAGCCUGGGAUCUUCUCUUUCUCCCGCUGGCAGCAACUCAUCCUGGCUCUCACAUUCAGGUCGUUUUGCCUUCGGAUUCUUCUCCCAAGGCAAUGGCUUUGGUAUAGGUACGUGGUUUGCUGGAAUUCCACAAAAGACUGUUACAUGGACAGCAAACAGAGAUGGCCCUCCAAUCUCCCGCAAUGCAACCUUGGCUUUAACCAGUGAUGGUAGGCUUGUCCUGCAAGUCAUUAGAGGUCAAGCCAUAUCCAUUUGGAAUGCAUCAAUGCGGGCAUCCUAUGCUUCCAUUCUAGAUUCUGGCAACUUCGUCCUCUACGAUGCUGAUUCGAGAAUCAUAUGGCAAAGUUUUGAUCACCAAACAGACACCCUUUUGCCAGGACAGCUCCUGCGGUCUGGUAAUGAGCUGGUCUCUAGUAUCUCGGAAAGCAAUCACUCAACAGGUAAUUAUCGGCUUGUUAUGCAGCAUGAUGGGAACCUUGUCCUGUACCCAGUAGCUACCCUAAAUUCAAAGGAAUAUUCUUAUUGGGGUGCAACUACUAAUUUUCUAGGAGAUAAUGCCACAUUAACGCUCAGUGAAAAUGGACUCCUGUACAUGCUCAAUCGUAGUGGGGUCAACGCGAAGAACAUUACCAAUGGUGGAAAUCCUGCUGAUGGGAAGACAUACCGCCUGACAAUAGAUGCUGAUGGGAUAGUCCGCUUGUAUUCUCAUAACAUGGAUCAGAAUGGUAAUUGGUCAAUCGAAUGGUCAGUGCCAAAUGACAGGUGCGAUCCGAAAGGCGUCUGCGGCAUUAAUGCAUAUUGUAUUCUCUUGGAUGAAGAACCUGUUUGCAAUUGUCCUCAAGGUUUUGUCUACAUCGAUCAGAAGCAGAAAAAUAUGGGAUGCAACAGAAAUUUUCUUGUAGAGAAUUGUCUUUUCAAUAAUGAAAAUACGAAGUAUACCAUUUACGAAUUGGAAAACAUUGUGUGGGAAGAUAAUGCAUAUUCUGUUUUAUCGUCGGCAGCAAAAGAAGACUGUAACCGGGCUUGUUUAAUGGACUGCAACUGUGAAGCUGCUCUGUUUCAAGACCAGAUGUGCAAGAAACAAAAGCUUCCACUGAGAUUUGGGAAGAGAGAUCUAGACGGCGUGAGUACUGUAGCCUUGAUGAAAGUAGGGGAUGGAGGCUUAACAACCAUCCCUACAGAAAGCAAGCAGCCGUCAACUGGCAUCUUAAUAGGUGGUGUUGCUUGUUUAACUUUUUCCUUCCUAGUCCUUGCAACAUCUGGUGUUCUUAUUUUUAGACACCGUGCUUCAGAAUAUAAAGCCACCCAUAAUGAACCAGAUACAGAAUUGGCAUCAGAUGUCACAUUGAGAUCAUUUACCUAUGAAGAACUUGAAAGAGCGACCAAUGGCUUCAAUGAGAGGUUAGGAAGGGGAGCUUUUGGGACAGUUUUCAAAGGAGCCUUGUCAAAUGGGCAGACGGCAAUUGCUGUUAAAAGAUUGGAGAAAAUGGAGUCCGAAGGAGAGCCUGAAUUUCUGAAUGAGAUGAGAUCAAUCGGUAGAACUCACCACAGAAAUCUCGUACGCUUGCUUGGUUACUGCCAUGACAAAACCAACAGGCUUCUAGUUUACGAAUACAUGAGAAAUGGAUCACUUACACAGUUUCUGAUAAAAUCAGGAACAAAACCUAGUUGGGGAGACAGAAUUCGAAUUGCUUUAGAGAUAGCCAGAGGGAUCCUUUAUCUGCAUGAGGAAUGUGAGGCUCAAAUCAUCCACUGUGACAUAAAUCCUAACAACAUACUAAUGGAUGAACACAUGCAUGCAAAAAUUUCAGAUUUUGGACUGGCAAAGUUGUUGAUGCCGGACCAAAGCAGGACAAUAACUGACAUCAUGAGAGGAACGAGGGGAUAUGUUGCCCCGGAAUGGCACAAGAACCAGCCAAUCACAGUGAAAGCAGAUGUGUACAGCUUUGGCAUUGUAUUUCUAGAGAUCAUGUGUUGCCGGAGGAAUGUGGCUGCGAAUGUUCCAGAAAAUGAAGCUAUUCUUGUAGACUGGGUGUCCAGCUGUUUUGAGGAAAAUGAAUUGCACAAGCUGGUCAGUGCAGAAGAAGUAGAUGAGCAAACAUUUCAGAGAAUGGUUUGUAUUGGACUUUGGUGCAUCCAAGAGGAUCCAUCAGUUCGUCCUUCAAUGAAGAAGGUGGUUUUAAUGUUGGAAGGUUUUGCAGAAAUACCUAUUCCUCCCAGCCCUGCUUCUGGCAGCAAUACAUUCUAUCGCCCUACAGUGCAUGUGCCUUGAACCUACUUUAUUUGUUGUUGAAUGUUGAACUAAUCUAAUUUAAAUUGUAGAUGAUGAUUAGUUUUUCCAAUGUGUUAUUAUUCCAAAUCAAAAUUGUCAGAAUUUGAACUCUAAAUGUUUUAUAUUAUGAGAUAUGAAUUCGAUAAUUGAAUUAA